AUGUCGCAGAGUCUUUCUCCGAAAUGCACGCCUCUCAAGCAAAACUACGAUUCGUGCUUCAAUUCGUGGUUUGAAGGCUAUUUGGAGCCUGCAGUUGCUGCAUCAAACUUGCCAGAGGCACGUGCGGCGUAUUCGAAGAAAAAGGCGGAUGAGUUCCAGGAGAAAUGUGGGAAGGUGUGGGAGGAGUACAAGUCGUGUGUUCAGGGAGCUGUGAAGGAGGCCGGGCUGGACAAGCUUCUGCAACAGGCAAGGGAAGAAAAUUCGCUCGUUGAACCUCCACAAAUGCGCACUAGCUUGCAUCUCGAGGACCUGGGUGCGACGCACAAGAAGAGGAAAAGUCUUUGA